UUUCUUUCUUUUCAGCGUCAUCUUAAUUCAUUGGGGAACUACCUUGCACGAGCAUGGUCGCCAGAGACCGGGUGCCAGAUCUGUGAUGAAGAUAUUCUUGAUAUCUUAAAUCUCCCGAAGUCAAUGUAUCCCAUCAUCCAAAUGAAUAUAUUCGUCUCCCGACCAACGCCAUUUUUGGAGCGUUUCUUCCAACGUAUUGCUGCCCUGACCUAUCCCAAGGACCGCAUCCAUCUCGUUACACACUGCUCGGUCAGAAAGCAAAAGAAAUAUGUCGACGCCUUCCUUGAGAAACAUGGAUCAGAGUACCGUUCUGUUGAGGAGAUCGACGGUGAUAGAUAUUAUCAGUUAAACAGUGGCUUCAGUAUUGCAACUCCUAACUCCACAAAAUUGUUUCAUCCAACCCUACAAAAGACGGCUGCACCGUCGACCAAGCAUGGAGGUUUUUUUUAUCGAGUGACCAUUAACUUAGGAUCAUACCAUGCUACUCAGCUGCUCUGCCUAACUUGCCGGACUUUCUUCCAUACGGCUGGGGUUUAUAGGUCUAGAUGCCUGGAGAAGGAGGAGUGCGGAUACUUCUUCCUGGUCGAAAGCACCGCACAAUUCACGGAGCCCGAAGCUCUUGAAAAACUGGUCACUGCCAACCGUGGCAUUGUUGCACCCAUGAUGACUCGACGCGGACUCUACUGGUCAACUUUCUGGGGCGCUAUUCACGCUAACGGAUCCUACGACCGCUCUGACGACUACUUCGACAUUGUCGAGGGCCGAAAAAAGGGAUUAUGGAAUGUGCCUUUAGUUGGAACGACAUUUCUGGCGUCCCGAUGGGCCUUGACGCAACUUAAAGGUUCAGAGAAUGACGAGGACUACCUCUACGGUUCGAUUGCCUCAGCGGCGGUUUCUAAGAAUGCCUUCAUGUACGUGGACAAUAGAAUCGACUAUGGUUACCUGACAAAUCCCACUACCGUCACCCUCGACCACCUGCACAAUGAUCUUUGGCAAAUUUUCGAUAACCCAUUGGACUGGGAGGAGGUCUACAUUCAUCCGGAGUAUCACCACUGGACCAGAAAGGAGGUGAAAAUGCAGGAUUUCGAACAACCCUGCUCAGACGUCUUCUGGGUGCCCCUCAUGUCGGAGGUCUUCUGCAAGCAGCUAAUUGAGGAGAUGGAGAACUACGGAAAGUGGUCCGAUGGCAGCAACUAUGAUCCCCGUCUGGAGGGCGGCUACGAGAAUGUGCCCACCCGUGACAUCCACAUGCGGCAAAUUGACUGGGAAGAUCAUUGGAUUCACGUUCUUCGAAAAUACGUCUAUCCCAUUCAGUUGAAGCUGUUUGAAGGCUACUCGGACAAGCCGUGGGCUCGUAUGAAUUUCGUGGUUCGCUACAAACAGGGCGAACAGCCUGCACUGCGCUAUCACCACGAUGCCUCCUCCUACACUUUGGAUAUGGCUCUGAACCGUGCCCAUGUCGACUAUCAGGGUGGAGGUGUGCGAUUCAGCCGCUAUAACUGCACACUCGUGGACACCCGCGUCGGCUGGCCACUCAUCUUCCCGGGACGUCUGACGCAUCUGCACGAGGGUCUCGAAACCACCUCGGGAACCCGUUACAUCUUUGUAACAUUUGUGAACCCCUAG